AUGGCAAGCAUCCCUCAGAUUCAAUUCCCAAGCUUGGCUCUGGAUGCCGCGGCCGCGGAUGAGGAGCACGAAAGAAGGCAAGCCACGGAUGAUCUCAAAGCAGCUCUUCAUGAGAGAAGGCUUGUCAUCGUUACCGGGGUAGGAGUAACGCUCGGCGCAACGGGCAGCGACCCGAAAGAUCCUCUCAAUCGCUUGAGCUGGAAGGGCAUGCUUGAAUAUGCAUAUCGGUUUCUCAAGAGCCAACCUCCUCCCAGUGAUGAGAAGAAGGCGCAAGAGAGAGACCUGAAUCUUCAAAAUGCGCGCCAUUUCCUCGACCAAAGCCCAAUUUCCAGUCAUCUUCACGCCGCGCAAAUCCUCCGACGAGAACUAGAGGAAUCCAACCAGUUCGCCUCUUGGCUAAAUAACACUUUCGGCCAUUUGACCAUCAAGAAUACAGAGCUGUUCCGCAGCCUGAAGGAACUGCAUGAUCGAGGGGCCACGAUCCUUACAACUAAUUACGAUUGCCUGUUGGAUCGCUAUUGCGGCUUGACUCCAGUUUGCGGACUGGGAAUUGACAAUGCGGUGAGAUUCAGUUCGCCUGGAAGGUCCAAAAAUGAGAUAUUUCAUUUACAUGGAACAUAUGACCAGCCCCGCCAUGUCAUCUUGGAUCCAAUUGACUACUACCGGGUUCGGGAGUCAGAGGGAGUUCGGCGGUUGCUUGAGAUGUUCUUAAUGUGGAACACCGUCCUUUUCGUUGGAUGCGGGGACGGCUUAGCAGACGAGAACAUUGGCGGACUUCUAAGGUGGAUAAGUGAACUCCAGAAGGACCUACCUCAUCACCACACGAUGCUGAUCAAGGACACCGACACAUACAACUUCCGUCCUCUCGUGAGGUUGAAGUAUGGCUCUAAUUACAGCGAUCUAGGUCCGUGGCUUUGGCACGAGCUGCUGGAGCACAAGUACACCACAAACUUCCCCGGUCUAACAGCCUCAGGCAAUAACCCUGCAGAGCAGAGAUCUAUUAGCACUGGCGCGUUGAGGGACCAUGAUUCUGGUGAAGGUAGCAAGUCGAGUGGCUCACUCCAUCCCGAGAAUGGGGGAAAAGCCGGGAGUGGAAGCAAACAUAUUCAUCGUAGUGGAUCUGAGACAGCUUUAACCGAAAUUUCUGGCUUACACGAGUGCGAUUACUGUAGACGGAUCGUUCGUGCAGAUAUUUUGCACAACCCCGAGCAUGAAUUCCAGACAAUAUACGACCCAGGAGGGCAGGAUGAUAGCCCCGUGCCAGAACCUGUCUCACCAUCAUCCAGACAGCACACUGAAGAAGAGCAUUUUUGGACCAGAAACCGGAGCUUGCAAGACUGGUUGGCAGAACUGUUUCUGCACAGUGUGAAUAAUCUUGAACAAGUUGAGCCCCCAAUCACGUCCCCAAUCCCGAGCUGUUCGGAGUGCAUGAUUACUCCCGAAUCAUAUCCCGUCUUUGAAUGCCAGACCUGUCGUGGCAAACCCAUCAUUUGCCCGACAUGCAGGUCGUCUUCUUACACCAUGGCUACCACGCACCUGGGUCAUGAUAUGAUGCGUAUUGCUGCGGAUCUGUGGUUUAUUGAGAGACAUACGUUCUUCAAGGAUGCGCUGCCACAGGUGGAUGCGUAUAGCCGUCUGGGCUGGGGAUUCUCACUGGACACGGAGCUGGUCCCAGCCCUGCCACUCGGCCGCAUAAUAAUGUAUAACAUGGAUGUCUUGAAAUUUGGCCCAAGACCCCAUGGCAACAAACGACUUGCGCUCGUGAGUGUGCCUCAAGGGCGAUGGAAUGUGACGAUCCACAUUAGUACGAUGCCGAGUCCGAUGUUCGGCGAAUUUCAGCUGCAGUCGUGUCCUGCCUGGUUCGAGUUGCUUCUCAGGGGAGGUCUAGUUAAUGUGGGAAAUUUGAGCAUCUAUGGUGGAUUAACCGAUGAUGUUACGAAUUACCUGGAGCAUGAGUCGGGAGACCCGGAACAGAUGUUCGCGGACAAUAACGUCCGGCAUGUCGUCACUUAUGGCACAAAUCGUGGAAUCGAAUUAAGGCUGCCGGCUCCAAUCACCGUCACUGAGGGCCAGAAGGUUGUCUUUUUUGUUACAUAUGAUCGAGACCUGGCUUGGUUUCCAGCGCAAACCCAGGAAAUUCAAGACAAUGUCUCGUUCAUGUGGACGCUUGAGGGGAUUCAUUUUGUCCGGUACCAGUCUAAUCUGGAAUCAAUGAAAGAACUUAUCGACAAAAUCCGAUGA